UUACUACAAGCCAGGCGCACUGAUAAGCCCUGGGAAUGAGCCUGUCCUCCGGGAUCUGAGUUCUGAGUUCGGGGUGGAUGUGGUGUAGGGAGACAAUAAAUGAUUUGUCAUUUAUUAUGAAGUUACUUUAGUGUUGGGGGAAAGGAAUGAGGGUUGUUUAGUAUUAAUGGUGUGAUCUGGGAGGAUCCAUCUGAAGAUGAGUAAAGGAGUUCAGCAAAGCAGGGGCUCUAACGUUAUUUUAUUUUAUUUUAUUUAUUUUUUCCUAACGUUAUUUUAAUGAAUUUAGUUUUUCAAGAAGAGUCCAAGCAUCGGGAAUUGUCAUGCGGUUGGAGAUGGGCGGAGUUGCCCCACGCUGCCAGGAUGGCUCGAGGUGCCACAAUGGAGAGGUCACCUCAAGAAGGUGGCUUCCCUAAAGACCUGACCUCGAGACCCACAAUGAAAGAAUAGGGAAGGGCCUAGCGUGAAGGUCUAGAGGUUAAAUGGAUGGCUCCGGGAAGGCUGAGACCGAGAUCGAGUUAGCUCUCAGAUGGCAAGGUGGUGACGCCGGACUGUCCUGUAGAAGCUGGAGCCCAGACAGGAGCCCGACAAGGAGCGAUGCCCGCCAAGGAGUUUUAGGAGAGCCCCUAGGCUGAGGAGGCGUUUGCCGCGAAGGCGUGGAUGGAGGCAGGCCCAACUCCACCAGGCGCACGCGCGCUGCAGGGUGGGCAGGGGAGGAGCCUUACUUCACUGUUGGGCCCCGCCCCCAAACAAAUAUUUGACAUUCCAGGCUUAUCUAGAGCGGAGCUGGACCCGAAGAGCGACGUUUCCCCCCUCCCGCCCGGCCUGAUUGGCCUAAGGCUUCCGCGGGUGGGGACCAGCGGGCAGGCGCCGGAGUGGGCGGUCCGGAAAGGGGCGGACCCCCGCCUAUACCGGAGGAAGCGCUCGUAACCCGAAGCGGCUGGAAAACCUUUUUCCGACUCCCCGCAGACCGCCGAGUUCCGGCCCCUCCUGGGCACCUCGGUCUCUUUAUCCAAUAGUAAAGUAGGGACGCGUUGAAGUAUGGGUUCAAUGGGCAAGGCCUCGGAAGCGCCCCCUCCACCGGGCUCUUUCUCCAACGUCCGAACGUCCGGACGCAGCGCUGAGCUUUUCCGAAAGCGCGAGGUGCGGCUCCAGCCUCAGUUUCCGCGCGGGCUUGGCAUCCCCACGUCCCUUCUUCCCGCCGGAUUCUUCAGUUUCUCAGUCAUAUGAAGGGGAGCACUUAGGGAAGUACGGCGCGGCCUGGACACGCGCCGUAAAGGAGCCUCACCAAGCACGACGGGGCGAAAGGGUGUUGGGAGCCCUCCAUGCGGGACUGUCCUUACUGGGUUCCUGCUCUCGCAUGGAGACGAAAUGGAGGCUCUGCAGCCCGCACGCGCACAUCACACGUUCACCGCUAGCCCCCACCCGCCGGCGCGCUCACAUCUUCAGGCAACAGGCCCGUCGUCAGGCGGGGAGGGCGACGAAAACAGGCAGCAGUCUCCACGUGGGGUAGCGGUGAGGCUCCAGGCCCAGACCAUCCGGCUCAGCCCCGUCUAGAGUGGCGCUCUCUGGAGUUGGAGCGGGGCGCUUCCUGCUUCCCCAGCACCGAGGCCUGCACACCACCUAGAGUGUUUUGGCACCGCGGCCACAUCCUGGAGCCAGGCUAAGGCCAGGUCUUCACACGUGUGUGGACAAGCCCUGCCCCGUGACCUCUCGUCCCCCGACCUUAUCGCUCUAAGUACCUCUGCUGAUCCCCCACCCUCCCCCCCCAACCCAGUUGGCCUCUGGUGACCACCUCCCCCCAGGCCUCUCUGGGUGAUAGCCAGUAAUUCACCGCCCUCUUUGGUGACUUCUAUCAUACCCCGGCCGUCCGUCGUGACCCCCAAAGCCCCUAGACUGCCUCCUGGUGAGUUUCACAAAUCCCAUGUGACCCCUGUGGACUGCAGAAGGCCCCUGUUUUUGCAUUUUUCUUGGCGCCGGCUUCAUGGUGGGGAGGGACAGAGAGGAGGACGAGAUCGACCCAGGCAAGACCCUCUGACGGAGUGGGAGUCCGGGCCGUGAGCGUGCACCCAGGCCGGGCGUCUGAGCGCGCGCGCUCCGGGCGAGGCUCUAGCUGCCUUCCCCCUCAGUUCCCGGGGCCGCCCUCGGUCACGUGGCCCGCGGGGCCGACAGGUAACUCGCCCGGAGAGGGCGGAGGCCAGUAGCCGCCCCGCCCCACGGGGCGCCGCGGGCGGGUCUCAGCAGCGCCCACUGCGCCAGCCGGGCUGCAGGUGCCGCCCCCGACACACGGUGUCCCGCCCAAGCUGAUUCGUGUCUGCCGUCGGCCGGUGCGUGCGUGCGCCUCGUCGGUCCGCGUGUGUCUGGCCGAGCGCCCCCUUCCUCUGCGGCCAUGACUCCGCCGCCUCCCCAGCCACCGCCCCCGGGCCCCAACCCCAUCUCAGACUCCUCCGCCGACCCCCGCCCGGGGCCUGGACCCCUGGUCGUACUGUUCGGAGCCACGGCUGGUGCGCUGGGGCCGGACCUGGGCUCCGACGAGACCGACUUGAUCCUCCUAGUCUGGCAAGUGGUGGAGCCGCAGAGCCGUCAGGUGGGGACGUUGCACAAGUCACUGGUUCGAGCCGAGGCGGCCGCACUGAGCCCGCAGUGCCGCGAGGCGAGCGGCCUGAGCGCCGACAGCUUGGCGCGAGCCGAGCCGCUGGACAAGGUGCUGCAGCAGUUCUCACAGCUGGUGAGCGGGGAUGUGGCUCUGCUAGGCGGGGGCCCCUACAUGCUAUGCACUGAUGGGCAGCAGCUGCUGCGACAGGUCCUGCACCCUGAGGCCUCCAGGAAGAACCUGGUGCUCCCCGACACCUUCUUCUCCUUCUACGACCUCCGCAGAGAGUUCCAUGUGCAGCACCCAAGCGCCUGCCCUGCCAGGGAGCUCACCGUGGCCACCAUGGCACAGGACUUGGGGCUGGAGACAGAUGCCACAGAGGAUGAUUUUGGGGUCUGGGAAGUGAAGACAAUGGUAGCUGUCAUCCUCCACCUGCUCGAAGGGCCCAGUGGUCAAUUGUUUUCAAAGGCAGAGGUGGUAAAGCAGAAAUAUGAGACAGGUCCUUGCAGCAAGACCGAUGCGGUGGACAGUGAGACUGUGGUUCGGGCCCGUGGGUUGCCCUGGCAGUCAUCAGACCAGGAUGUGGCUCGGUUCUUCAAAGGACUCAACAUUGCCAGGGGAGGUGUAGCACUCUGCCUCAACGCCCAGGGCCGCAGAAACGGCGAGGCCCUCAUCCGCUUUGUGGACAGCGAGCAGCGGGACCUAGCGCUGCAGAGACACAAGCACCACAUGGGCGUCCGCUAUAUUGAGGUAUACAAAGCAACAGGAGAAGAGUUUGUCAAGAUCGCAGGGGGCACAUCACUAGAGGUGGCUCGGUUCCUGUCCCGGGAAGACCAAGUGAUACUGAGGCUACGGGGACUGCCCUUCUCGGCUGGGCCGGCGGAUGUGCUAGGCUUUCUGGGGCCCGAGUGCCCAGUGACAGGGGGUGCGGAUGGGCUGCUCUUUGUGCGCCACCCUGACGGCCGGCCCACCGGUGACGCCUUUGCCCUCUUUGCCUGUGAGGACCUGGCACAGGCUGCGCUGCGCAGGCACAAGGGCAUGCUGGGUAAGCGAUACAUUGAACUCUUCCGGAGCACUGCGGCUGAAGUGCAGCAGGUCCUGAACCGCUAUGCAUCCAGCCCACUCCUGCCCGCACUCUCUGCUCCCCUGCUCCCCAUCCCUUUUCCACUGGCCACUGGGACUGGGAGAGACUGUGUGCGCCUUCGAGGCCUGCCCUACACAGCCACCAUCGAAGACAUCCUGAGCUUUCUCGGGGAGGCAGCUGCUGACAUCCGGCCCCACGGUGUGCACAUGGUGCUCAACCAGCAGGGCCGGCCAUCGGGCGAUGCUUUCAUCCAGAUGACAUCAGCAGAACGGGCCCUAGCUGCUGCUCAGCGUUGCCAUAAGAAAGUGAUGAAGGAACGCUAUGUGGAAGUGGUCCCCUGCUCCACAGAGGAGAUGAGCCGUGUGCUAAUGGGGGGCACCUUGGGCCGCAGUGGCAUGUCCCCUCCACCCUGCAAGCUGCCCUGCCUCUCACCACCCACCUACGCCACCUUCCAGGCCACCCCAGCACUCAUUCCCACUGAGACAGCCGCUCUGUACCCCUCUUCAGCACUGCUCCCGGCUGCCAGGGUACCUGCUGCCCCUACCCCUGUUGCCUACUACCCAGGGCCAGCCGCUCAACUCUACAUGAACUACACAGCUUACUACCCCAGUCCCCCGGUCUCUCCCACCGCUGUGGGCUACCUCACCACACCCCCUGCUGCCCUGGCCUCUGCUUCCACCCCAGUGUUGUCCCAGCCAGGAGCCCUGGUCCGUAUGCAGGGUGUCCCGUAUACAGCUGGUAUGAAGGAUCUGCUCAGCGUUUUCCAGGCCUAUCAGUUAGCCCCUGAUGACUACACCAGUUUGAUGCCUGUUGGUGACCCGCCUCGCACUGUGCUACAGGCCCCCAAAGAGUGGGUGUGUUUGUAGGUGAGGGAGCCAGGAGGUAAGAGCUGGCUGAUGUCUAUCAUGUCUGUCUCGGCAUCCAGAGAACCACUAACCUCAACCAGGUGCCUGCUUUCUGGGCUUGUCAGAGCUCUCAGAAAGCACCUAGAGGAGCUCAAGCCCCAGCUCCAUCUCCCGCUUGUUGCUCUGCCUGUCCACCCCAAAGUUGAUGGCUGGACCCUGCAUGCAGGGCUGGGGGUGGAAUGGUGUUACCCUCCUCCCGAUGGCCUGAUCCGGCCUCUGAAAAGCACCGAGAGAGCCUUUGGUCGGUUUUGGCUGUGGCCCAUACACACAGAUUCUAUGGGGCUGAUGUCCACAGCAGGCUGGCUGGCUUUUUAAAAAUAUAAGCCCUGGUGCCUUCAACGUAUGACUCCUGGGAGCUUCUGCAUAAAGAUCCCAAUGUUCUACCUUCCCCUUUCCCUUCUGGCAGGGGGCAGGGAGGCAGAGAAUGCUGGCCCCAGCCCCCAGGAUACUUGACCCUUAGUGGCCACAUUGUGUCUUGGGUCUAAGGGUAAUAGCUCUCCUCCAGCUUGGCACAAGGACUAUCAGGUGGCAAGAUCACAGGCUAUUUUGAUGGACUGUACUGCAAUAUCCCCAGAGGACACUAGGGGGCAGGAGGCCCUCACAGAAAAACUCAGGCUUGAAUUUUAAAGGGGACUCUCUGCCUACUUCUCAUGCACACCUUGGGCAGGCCAGUUGUCCUGAACUCAGCAGACAUCGUGGAAUGCCCUUUGUACCCAUUAGAGGGUACAGAACUGAAGCUUCGGAAGGAAUUUGGAAUUCUACUCACUCCUCCGUAAAAUAAACAAAGGUUCCUAACCAAGUGGACUUUUUAAAAGCCAAAGUGCCCUUAGCUUUGGACCCCAGAGUGUGGGGCUCCACACCUGCCACGGGCAGAGGUAAACUCAGGUGGAUUUCCAGGACACUGUUAACCUGUCACUGUUUAUUAUUUCAGCCCUGUAACUGAGGAACCAUGAAUUGCUGGCUCUCCCCUUUGUUAUGUUGUGUAAGGAGCACUAGACUCCUAUACAAGGUUUUCGAAUACAAAGCGUGUAAGAAAACACAAUUCCACGUCCUGUAAACAUGGAACCAAUUCCUUAACUGUACAUCGCCCAUUUUAUAAAAUAGAAGGUUUCAACUUGAGCCCAUCUGAGCCUUGAAGAUGACCAUCUAUUCUGAAUGUUAAAAACAGGGCUUCAAGUCCGGGGAGGGGAGGCAUGCCUGGGUGGCACAGUCGGUUCAGAGUCCCACUCUUGGUUUUGGCUCAGGUGAUCUCGGGGUCUCCCUCCCUCCCUCUCCCCCAAAAUUAAUAAAUCUUUACAAAAACACCCCCCCACCCAGGGCUUCUUGGCCAGAUCCAGCAGAGCUCUGGUGAUAGUGGUUAGCCCCGGGCAGGGGUGGAUUGCACUGCACGCACCACACAUGAACCGAAGACAGGACAUCUAGUCCCUUUAGAGCUGUUCUCAGCCGUGUUUCUCUCUGUAUCUCUAGUAAGUAGAAGGCUGCUUAUCCCAUUCCUCAAACCAAGAUGUAGCACAGGUUGGAAGGGGUAGGGUAGGUACUAAGACAUGCCCAGUUGCUCAGUGUUGCUACUAGAAGUCAAUUUGCAUAAUCCAAUGAACAUGUGCUUU